AUGAGCAAAGACACGCAGGCAGCAAUUACGUACGAGAUCAACCGCAAGUACGCCAACAACGUCGUUGCAGGCCUGGGACUAUGCGUGACGCUCUACAAUAUUGUAGACUGCUCCGAAGGAAUGGUGCUCUACGGCGACGGCAAGCUUUACUACAAGCUGGUGUUCGAUCUGGUCGUCUUCAAGCCGCAAGUGGGUGAGAUGCUCGUCGGACAAGUGCUCUCUCAAAGCGCAGAGGGCAUCCGAGUCUCGCUUGGCUUCUUCGAUGAGAUCGAGAUACCAAAGUCGCUCAUGAUGAACAACAUGAACUUUGAUUCGACCACCCCUCACGGAAACUAUAUGCUCGAAUACUCCAACGAUGAGGAGCCAGAGACGACGACAAAGCUCUAUGUGCUCAAAGGAGAAGCGUUUGCGUUCAAGGUCAAUCGCGAAAUCUUUGAAGAGACCGGCCCCAAAGUCGCCCCCAAACUCGUCAAUGCAGGCAACAUCGGCACCAGCGGAUCGCGCGGCGGCGCACAAGAUCUCAUCGCUCCCUCUGGCUACAAGUUGCAAGGCUCCUGUGACGAAGAAGGCACAGGACCCCUGCGAUGGUGGCGUCCCUGA